CCUCCGUGCACUUCACUUGACCAUAAUAUGUCCGAACCCUUUGGCUGAACUUGAAAGCGACCAACGAUCGCCUUAUUUCUGCCAUCUCCUAGUCGAUCUGUUUUCUUGAGGUUUUGGGCAUUGCUUUCUCCUUGUGCUGCUACCGCAGUUCACUGGGGCAUAAUUGGAAACUGCGUGCCCAACCCAUCGUGGGCAUCCUGCCUUACUAUGCCAUCGGUGGCCGAGGAACCACGACGGUUCCCGGCAGGCAAGAAGCGGAGGCGAGAAGACGAUGACGCAAGAACUCUGCAAGACUCAGUGCAACCACAUGAACAGCAUCAUGAUCAAGCACACCAACUAGCACCCCGCUACCCGAAGCUGUCACAAUAUCACCCCCAUAACGAUGAUAAUGUCUCCUUUUCGGCUAUCGGGAAUGUUCAGAGGAAGACCUUACCCCUUCCCUCAGCAAAGAAACUACGCACUUCGGAUCAUGCAGGGGUCAUGGAGGAAUUACAUCAAUUACAUCAGAACCCGUACACGCCGCAUCACAACCUAGGCCACGACGACUAUAUCAGCCGAUCGACAAAUCACAUAAGAUCACCACAAAGUGUGCGCUCGCCUUCUACUUCUACCCGCCCACCACCCGCUCGUGUCAACUCGGGCGCUCUUUUGGAACCUUGCCAUAUUUGCCGCCGGAAGCCUACCAAGAAGUCGGACCUUGAUUCAUAUGCAGAUUGCGAGGGCUGUCAAUCAAGAACAUGCUUUAUUUGCCUCAGACAGUGCCCUGGAUGGACAACCGAGUAUCUGGGACCACCACGCAGGUCAGCCACCCAGACAGACGAAGCCGAUCAGGAAACGUCAGAUCAAGAUGUUCUGUCCAGGUCUUUUCAUAUGGACGAUGCCGAUGACCCACCCGAGGGACAAGAGAAGGAAAGAGGCGGGCAAGACGAUGGUGGUGGAGAAAAACAAGCACAUAAAAUGAACGGCCAGGGUCAGGAAAAAACGAAUUGGUGGGCCUCUGGCGAGCAUCGACAAGUCAUCUGUAGCCGAUGUUGCAUUGAGAGAGGCAAAGAAGGUGAUAUCGCCUGCUUUGGCUGCCUUUCGCGCAUAUGCCACAGAGCAGUUGUUCGGCUGCACGCUCCUAUUUUAUCAUGGAUGAAAAACCUUUAGAUAUUGAUGUAUCUGGCAUCUCAGCUGUUCUUCCCACCACAUGCAGGUUGCGCUCGACAGCGAGUUUAGCAGUAAGCAGGCGAUUGGAGUUAUGGAACCUUGAAGCCGGUACAUUGCACAACAGGAGGCGCCUCACGAUCAAUUCUUUUCCUUCUUCUAUACUCCUGGACGGGCAGGUAACAGAGCACAUGGAACCGUGUCCACUGG